CUGAUAUUCUUUUAAAUGUUUUUAAUGAAAUACGUUUUUUUCUUAAUCAGGAAGCAUGGAACCAAAGUUGACUGUGAACGAGACCUUUGUCAUCGAUAACAUAAAUAUUUGCAGUGAUUUGGAUAACACAACUUAUAUAUUUACAAGUUACCCUGGCAUAAUGUGUGUAUUUGCAUAUAUGUUCCUCUGUCUAUUAUCCAUUACCACAAUAUGUGGAAACCUUCUUGUGACAAUCUCUGUUAUUUAUUUCAGACAGCUUCACAGCCCCACUAACUAUCUCAUCUUUUCUCUGGCUAUAGCUGACUUGCUUGUGGGAGUAUUAGUCUUUCCUUUGAGCAUGAUAUUUACUGUUACCUCGUGUCUUUAUCAUCAACAUAUAUUUUACAGAUAUUAUGCAGUGUGUGAGCCUUUGACAUAUAGAACUAAAAUAAGUGUUCAUGUUACUAUACUCAUGAUUGCAAUGAGCUGGUUUAUUUCUGCCCUGAUUGGAAUUUGUAUUAUAAUUGCAGGAUUCAGCCAAGGAACAUGUGAGGAAAUGUGCUCCAUUAAAAUUUUAGUAGCAAACACUAUGGGGCCUGUUUUAUCGUUUUACCUUCCAGCCUUCAUAAUGCUCUGUAUCUACCUGAAGAUAUUUAUUGUUGCUCAGAAACAAGUGAAUAGCAUCCAGAGCGUGACCUGCCGAAGAGAAAAGCUGAAUGUUGGCUUCACCACCAGAGCUACCCUCAACAGGCUCCUGGAGGCUGGAGACAUCACACCUCAGGAGGUGCAGCUAUUCCAGCAGGCAGCACUGGCGUUUCUGAUCAGGGCUGUGGAGUACAGCAUCAACAAACUCCCCCUGAAGGAGGCCCGUAUGAAGCACGCUAAAUUAGUGGAUGUGCAGCUGAGUGUGGGGUGGAAGAUGUCCUAUACUUUGUAG